UGGUUUGCCGCUGUGUUUUUCUUCAAGAUGGCGGUGCGGCAGUUGAGUCAGUAUGGCGCCGCGUUGAGUGUAUAAUACUUUGGAAAGGUAGCUUGUUGCACGAAUACCGUCGUGUCAUUUUUAUCGCUUCCAGAAGACACCAGUGGAGGAUGAUCAGUGCCUAGAUCCCAUAUUAAGCUGAAUGCAUUGUGAUUUCCAAUAAUUGAGACAGUGAUUCUGAAAGCUGUCUACAUUAAUGAAAAGAACAAUGUAGUCAGCUUAGCAUUUUCACCUCUGGUACGUGGUCUAUAAAGGGAUGUGCUUCUGCAUGCAUUCUGGCUUUAGAUAAGCAGAGUCUCCAAACAGGUCGGAUUCUACAAUAAGUUAUCCGUUUUGUAUAAAUUGUAGUUCAUUAUAGAGAGGAAAUGGAAGUAGAUGAUGUGCUACCCCCUCUCCCCUUGGAGCCGCCUGAUGAUUUUGGCCGAGAUGAGGGCAGAGCACCUCCACCACCUCCCCUGCAAACGUCCAGUGACGCAGAGGUAAUGGACGUUAGCUCUGGUGGUGAUGGAUACACGUACACCCCAGGGGACGGGGAAGCCAACCCACAGCAGCCCUCGAUAACCUUCUAUAGCGACCUCUCCGAUGAGGCUAAUCCCAUCCCGCCGUGCCCCAGGACGGCCCGCCACGCUCCCCAACUCACCGGGUUCCUACCAGACCUCAAGCUGCUCAGAGAUGUUAAGAUCCGUGUAAGCUUCACUGAAAGCAGCAAUAGCAAAGACCGCAAGGUUUUGUACACGGGUGAAGGGCAGGAGGGAGGAAGUGGUGAUGGCUUAGGCAGCGUAAAUGGUGAGUUGCAUGACUCAAGCGAGCUGGAAGUACCCGAGGGAAACGACGUAGCGGGCAGAAGAGCCGACGAGGCAGAGGUAGACCUGGAAAAUAAGGUAGAGUUUGCCGUCCUGGAUGAGUUGGAUGACCUCUACGACAACUUCCUGGAUAAUGACGACGCAGAGCUGGGUGGCUUUAAGUCUGAGGUCAUAGUUCAGCAGGAGCAAGCAGAUGAGGAGGCCGUGGCUUUCUCCUAUGAGGAGGAGUUUGACAAUGAUGUCGAUGCUCUGCUCGAGGAGGGCAUGCCAGUCCCCAAAAAGAUGCGUCCGUCAGAGGACAAAUACGGCGGGGACAGCGAUCAUCCGUCAGACGGGGAGGAGGGAGGCGUUCAGCCCAUGAUGACCAAAAUUAAGACUGUCUUGAAGAGUCGUGGGCGUCCACCCACCGAGCCUCUACCUGAUGGAUGGAUCAUGACAUUCCAUAACUCUGGUAUUCCCGUCUACCUGCACAGAGAGACCAGGGUGGUGACCUGGUCCCGACCCUACUUUCUUGGGACUGGCAGCAUUCGGAAACACGACCCUCCUACCAGCAGCAUCCCCUGCCUCCACUACAGGAAAAUGAAGGACAAUGAGGAAAGGGAGCUAAAUGGAGAAGUGACGCCCAUGUCAGAGGAGGCUCCUGUCAAGCCCAGCUACGAAGCAAAUGGUGAAGAGAUGGUGGACAAGUCGGACGCUACGGGUGAGGAGGUAGACGGCUUCCCUCCCCCCGUUGUGGCUGACGCCGUGCCAAACGGAGAGGGCGACAAAGAGGAGGAGGACGACGCCGCAGCCACAGCCAAGAGGAACCAGAAGCUUAAAGAUGCUCACCUCUGUGAAAUUGCCCACGGAGCCUUGGGGCAGGUGAAGGCCAAGGUGGAGGUGUGCAAGGACGAGUCGAUAGAACUUGAAGAGUUUCGCCUUUACCUGGAAAAAUGCUUUGACUUUGAACAAGUCACGGUGAAGAAGUUUCGUACCUGGGCUGAGCGAAGGCAGUUCAACAGAGACAUGAAGAGGAAGCAGGCCGAAUCGGAGAGGCCGAUCCUGCCUGCCAACCAGAAACUCAUCACACUGUCAGUCCAAGAUGCCCCCACUAAGAAAGAAUUUGUCAUCAACCCGAAUGGGAAGUCUGAAGUCUGCAUCUUGCAUGAAUAUAUGCAACGUGUCCUGAAGGUUCGACCUGUUUACAACUUUUUUGAAUGUGAGAACCCAAGUGAGCCCUUUGGAGCGUCGGUCAUUAUAGACGGAGUUACGUACGGCACCGGAACGGCAAGCAGUAAAAAACUUGCCAAGAAUAAAGCUGCUCGAGCCACACUGGAAAUCCUCAUCCCUGACUUUGUGAAGCAGACCUCGGAGGAGAAGCCUGUUGAGGGCGAUGAACUGGAGUAUUUUAAUCAUAUCAAUAUAGAAGACUCAAGGGUGUAUGAGCUGACCAACAAAGCAGGACUACUUUCACCAUAUCAAAUUCUUCACGAGUGCCUUAAAAGAAACCAUGGAAUGGGAGACACGAGCAUUAAGUUUGAGGUGAUUCCGGGGAAAAACCAGAAGAGUGAAUAUGUGAUGACCUGUGGGAAGCACACUGUGCGUGGCUGGUGCAAGAACAAAAGGGUUGGCAAACAACUGGCGUCUCAGAAGAUCCUGCAGAUGCUUCACCCCCACGUGAAGAACUGGGGCUCACUGCUGCGCAUGUACGGCAGAGACAGCAAUAAGAUGGUCAAGAAGGAGAGCUCUGACAAGAGUGUGAUAGAGCUCCAGCAGUUUGCCAAAAAGAACAAGCCAAACCUUCAUAUCUUGAACAAACUGCAAGAGGAAAUGAGGAAACUAGCCAAGCAAAGGGAGGAAACGAGGAAGAAACCCAAGAUGACCAUAAUGGAGUCCGCCCAGCCAGGGAGUGAACCCCUCUGCACUGUUGACGUUUAAGUCUCCGAAGAAUCACUGGAGAACCUCGGCACUGAAACCAGGUCACUGUCAGCCAUCACAGCCCUUAAUUAUGCAUCACUGACAUCUAAACAUCUAAUGACAACGUGGUUUGUUCUUCGACUGGGCCGCUUCAACUCCUCGCACCCUUGGCCCGUGUUUGAUUUGGUUCAGCUGGUAAACGUUGAGGUUGGUUCUCAAUGUACCGUCCGCCUCUCAGGAUGCAGCCUUGCCAUGGCACACAGGGGGGAGGAAAUAAAACCAGACACCCAGGCUGCAGAGGAGGUAACAUGACCUGAUAGCACAUGAACUACGUCAAAAUAAAAAUGCAUGCUCGUUUGAUUGAAAAACCACUACAGUUUUUUGUUUUGUUUGGAAGUGUCAGAGUACCAGCACCAAUUUCUUUUUCCGUUUGUGCUUGAGUAUUUGAAAGGGACUACUAGUACUUGUGUAUUUAUACCAUUCAUUUUAUUGGAAAACAAAGUUACUUGUUUAUUGGGUAUUUUAAUAGUUGGUGUUUUGUGUAACAAAUACAAAAUGCGCCAUUUUCUUUUCCUCAGAAGGGACUGCUGCUGUCCCGGUUUGCACGAUUUUAAAAACAUGCGUUGUGAGGUGAUGACUAUUGAGAUCUAUUGUUAUGCACUUGUCCUGUCAUAUAUUUUCAAUGACUGCUCAUGCUGUUGACAAAAAAAAAAGUUUGGCGUAUUUGAGGUGACUUUCAUAUAGAGGCACUUGUUUUUUUCCUGAUUAAUUUCUCCCUGGUUUGCUUUUGCAGGACUAGGAACAUUGCAGUAAACCCGAGUACACAGCACCGUAAUGUUUAGGGUAAAUGUUCACUUCCUUAAUGCUUAGUUCAUGGUAGCUGUUUAUUGAAGUACCAUCGCCCACAAACAUAACCAUCCGGUACAUUUCAGUAGCUUUUUUUUUUUUUUAGUUGUGGUGCACUCAAAUCAUGUUGCCUUAGUUGAUCCAUUUCACGAAGGGCUUGAAGUAGAACAUGUUACGUUGGACCUAACACACCCUUCAAUGCAAAGUGGAGAGACCAAGCCCCCUUUACCUGAUAAAGCAUUUAUUGUUUAGCAAAUUAGAACUUUUCUGAAGACUGCCUCUAAAACAUCAGAUACUUGAAGGACAAAUGCCUCCAGCCUGUGCAGAUUUUUAAGACUUGUCUUAAUGGAUUGUGUAGUUUGUUUGCCAUUGUUACAGUAUUUUCUGAUUACAGGUAGAACGCUUUUUUUUUCUUUUUUACAGAGGCAGCCUUUUUCAAAUUGACUUGGUACAGUCAUUUAGUGCAACAGAAGCUGAUGAAUGUGUGUGUGUAUACCAAAACUUAGUCUUAUGCAUUUUACAGGAUUAAUGUUGCAAACUGCACAGUAGAAACCCCAAUAUCAGAAGAAAAUAAGUAGACCCAUUAUUUGCUGGAACAAAAUGGAAACUGCUGUGCAACUUGACAAAUAUUUAGCAGAUUUCAUUUUUUUCUACAAACUAUUCAUGGCGGCUGUUGUGAUGUUGUAGAUCGCUAUAAGAAUGUGCUUUCCCUUGUUUGUCUUGCCAAGUGUGUCAGUGUGAGAAGAAAAAAUGCUUUUACAUGUGUCUGUUGAGUUGUACCAAUGAAUUGUUUGAGAAGUUGCUGCCUAGAAAAAUGAAGUAUGUAUUGCAACCUGAGCUCCAUGACUUUAGCGAUAUUUGUUAUGCAAAUAAAAUGUCUUCAUGAUUAGAA